AUGGUAGCAGCUUCAGCAAGUGUUACCGCCAUGGCAAAAGCAUGGUUCAGUAAUUCGUAUACACAACUGGAGUCAGAAUCCCCAGAAGUUGUCAAUGUUAACUAUCAAGAGACGCGGGCCAGAAAUAUAUUCGAUAAGUACUUUAUUAUUAGCAAGAGUGGGGCUUUGCUGAAUGACUUUUUAUACGAUGGAAAGGACCGUGUUAUUCAAGAAUGGCUGAGUACGGUGCUGCGUCGUGGCACUAGUGUGGAUCGUGUGUUGGCUUUGGCAUUCAUGGUUAGGAAAAAUCCACUCUCUUCUCUGCAACACAUCGAAAGUUUGCUGGCGUCCAUUUCACCUGUCAAAAAUCAGCUUUGUAUGAAGGCGACAGAAGUUCUCUCCAAUCUCUUUGAAAACUUUCUUCUUCCCAGCAUGCGAGCUCUAAUUGCCUUCGAAAAUCGUCCAUUUAAAGUCCUGGCAAAGUACCCCGCAGCGCUUACAGAUGAACUGACGCUUAAAAAUGCUCGAAAUGGACUCAAGCUGCCUCACAACUGCCGUGAGAAUAUCCUUGCUUUGUGGUACUUCGAGCAUAGGAUUAAACAGUUCUAUUUUCUGUUUUUGACCUCUUUGGAGUUGGCGAUCAGUAUUGUGGUGAAUAAGCUCGGUGAUCGCAGUAGGGGCUUUGCAUCUAGCGUGAUUCACAAAUUGCGUAUUAUGUGUCAGAGUCAUCCUUACCUGAAAGCGAUGCUAGUAGAACAAAUACGAAUUUUCCUCUUCCGUCCGAAUCUGCUUGAUCGGGCUAAAUACUACGCCAUUGUGCUACUCUCCUGUAUCCCCCUUUCCAAGAGGAACUCCCAGCUUGUCACGGUCAUGGAGGAUGCCGCUACCAGUGACACUACUGUCGCCGCCAUUCUCUUCCGCAUCUAUCUAUCAUUCUUUCGCGCGUCGGUAAGCUCUAAGGAGCUACCUGAACGCCUUACUGCUGUUCUCCUCGCUGGCAUUAGCCGCGUUGCCCCAUAUCUCUCGCCGAAGAUCAUGUCUGAGAACGUCACAGACGUCAACGCCAUCUUCAGGCUGGUUCAUGUGACGACGAAUUUUACAAUAAGUCUACAGGCCCUCAACUUCCUUUUCCACUUUACUUCCCAUCAGCAACAACUUCGCAAUCGCUACUAUCAAGCGCUCUAUCGUAAGCUCACAGACUCCGCGAUUCGUUGGACGGCGCGUGGUCCCUUCAUACUGAAUCUGCUCUACCAGAGCUUAUUAGCAGACACCGACGCCGGGCGUCGAGCCGCUCUCAUUCAUCGUCUUCUCUCCAUCUGUCUAAACCAUCCAAACUCCGGUUUUGCGGCUGGCUCACUAAUCCUCCUUGAAAAACUCUACUCAGUUGGUAAAGCUAACCCAAUCGGUUCUGCUCCUGGUCAGUCAGUCAAGCCACAAAAGGAUUCAAAAAGUGUACUUCCUACAUCAGUUGGUAUUGUCAAACACAGCCACUACCCAAACGCUGCUGCAAGUGACUCGGACGAAGAACACUUCUCCGACGUCCUCGCGUCAGGCGAAGAGGAAAAAGGGGAGGAUGCAGUGGGGACAAAGGAGAAGGAAACCUCCAUAAAAUUCAGCGAAGGUAUCUGGGACCACCGUCGUCUAUUCAAAAAGACGAAGAAAUGGUCUAUCGGAGAUGCGGUGGGCUACGACAGCUCGGCGCGAGAUCCACGCUUUGCGCACGCCCUGAAUCAGCCAUGUUGGCAGCUCUCGUUGCUUGUCAAUCACGUUCAUCCCACUGUCGCCUAUUUCGCCAGAAGUCUGACUGAGGGGAGAAUUUUUAAGUACACUGGCGAUCCCUUCGAAGACCUCUCGGUGGCUCACUUUAUGGAGCGAUUUGUGUACAAGAAACCAAAACCCAGUUCAGUUGCAAAACCGGGAAAGAUGGUUGUUGAUACAGAUGUGAGUAAGCGAGUUCAUGCUAAGACGCUGGCUCCGAACAGCUUGGCCUACAAGAAUCUAAACGCUGAGCUGGUGCCUUCUGACGAACGUUUUAUUCACAGUUACUUCAACUUCAUCAAUGCUAAGCCAAGCAAAAGCGAAGGUGGUCGUAGCAGUGACGGGUCGGAUCUAGACGAAGACUUUGACGAAUAUCUUAGAAAUCACGAAAAGGGUCUAAUUCCGAAUGAUGCAGACGAGGAUGGUUUACUUAAUAACUCGGAUUUCAACUACUCCACUGACGAGGAAGAGGAGGAAUUGGGGAAAGUAAAGAAGCGGAGAAGUGAUGGGGUAACAGGCUCGGAAGAAAAAGAGAGUUUUGAAGAAGAAGAAGGAGGAGAGGGUAUCGGCGGUCUGGGAUGCGAGGAGGAAGACAAUGACAGCGAUACUGAUGAUGAAGACGACUUUGUAUCGUCGAGAAGUCGCAAAUGUGGUAGAAUUGACCUGAAUAAACUCUUCGUCAGCGCAGAGGAGAUUGGCAAUCUCUAUGACAACCAAGAGGCACCUGAAGGCUCGUCAUCGAAUCGGCCCAAGUGGCAGGAUAGGAAGCGUAGCCAGCCGACAUCCAGAAAAACGAAACGGGGACAAGCGUCAUUCGCUCUGAAGAGGCAGAAGUUCCAGCGAAAGCGAGGCGUUAUUCCAUCGGCAACUAAAAAACCGCGACGACGUUAA